AUGGGAAGAGACUCUGAUUGUCAGCCUCCGGAGUGGCUGAACAGAGAAUACAUCGCAGUCGCUCUGAAGCCAGAGUACAGUGGUAAAUCCCCGAGGGUGGCUUCCAUGACGGUGGAAAACGCCAACAAGACGCAGAGAGGCUAUACGAGCAGGCUGUACAGAGUGACCGCGAAAGUGGAAGUAGCAGCAGAGGCGGAAGUUCACGCAUGGCGUUUGAUAGUGAAGUGCACCUAUGAGACGGGGAUCGUGUCGGAGGUCAGCAGGCUCCAGCAGCUGUUCCCCAGGGAGACGCUGAUGCUGACCAGCCUGGUGCCUGCCGUGCACGAGGCGCUGCGCCGCCUCUCGCCCGUCGACGUGCUGGUGAUGGAGGACCUGUCGGCCGCGGGCUACGGCCCCCCGCCAGCCGGCUUCCUGGACCUGGAGCACUGCCGCCUGGUGCUGGACAGGCUGGCGCAGUGGCACGCCGCCUCCUGCACGCUGGACCUGGCCCGCCCCGACUCCGGCGCCGACCCCCUGCUGCGGCGAGACCCCGUCUGGCAACCGCCUGUCGCCAGCCUGCUGCAGCCGUACCACAGGAAGCAGUUCCGCAGCAUCGGGGUCGCGCUCGGGAACUUCCCUGACUGUUACAAGUAUUCGAAGAAAUACAAGACAGACUCCGAGGAAUGGGUGGACAAAAUCGUGCAUGCGGUCACUCGAAGUUGUGAUCAGAGCGAUUUCAAAGUUCUGGUACAUGCCGAUGUAUGGAAUAAGAACAUAAUGGUUAAGUACCGUGAUGGAAAGCCUGUCGACUUACGGUUUGUCGAUUUCCAGGUGUCGCACCUAGCGAGCCCCGCACGCGAUCUGGUAUUCUUCCUGUACGGCAAUGCCAGCGAGCAGGUGCACCGCCACCACCUGUCCGACCUGCUCCUGGACUACCACUGCGCCCUGAGCGCCGCCCUGCGGGACCUGGGGCUGCAGCACCUGGCAGACGCCUACCCCCUCCACAAGCUGCUCGCCGACGUGGACAGCCUCGCCAUGCUGGCCCUGUACUGCGUCUGCUACGCUCCUCUCUCCACUGCCACCGACCAGCGCGGCGUCGCCAUAAUGGACGGUCUAGGCGUCACUGGCGACUACAGCGAGGCUCUCGUUAAGCUUUACAGCGACCCCACUCUCAUAUCCUACUGGAAGUUCAUCAACCCCAUUCUUGAGAGUAAGGGAGCACUAUAA